CGCGCGGUGUGGAUUGAGAUGCCGGUGUGCGGCCGGUGCAAUGCGACAAAGGGCUUCAACAAGUUCCACGCUUUGGAAAAGCUCAAGGCGCAGCCCACGUGCAAAGACUGCAUCAAAAUCAAAGACCAGCCUGUAGCACUGAGUGCUUGCGUGGAAAGGACCGAGGCAGAGUCAUCCGCGCAAGAAGACACUCCAGUUGCUUCUCCGAGUUUCGCUCCGGCCAAGGAACCGCCGAUCAUGAGUCCUCCAGGAUCUAAAAAGAAAGGCGUGUCCGUGGAUGACUUCGUAUUUCUGCGAGUGAUCGGGAAAGGAACGUUUGGCAAAGUUCUCAUGGUGCGCCACAAGAAGACGGAAGUAAUCUACGCCAUGAAGGUCAUCAGCAAACAGUUUCUCGUCGACAUGGAUUCGGUCAAGUACAUGAAGUCUGAGCGCAACAUCAUGACGAAGAUCCACCAUCCGUUUGUGAUUGGGCUCGAAUUCGCCUUCCAAACCGAGUCCAAGGUAUAUUUGGUGAUGGAGUACCAGCCGGGCGGCGAGCUCUUUUCCCAUCUUAAGAAAGAAGGGCUUCUCAUGGAGGACAAAGCAAAGUUCUAUUUGGCCGAGAUGAUCCUCGCCUUGGAACAUCUCCACCUCCAAGGAAUUAUCCAUCGGGACCUGAAGCCAGAGAACGUCCUUAUCUCUGCCCAAGGCCACGUCAAACUCACGGACUUUGGUUUGGCCAAACAAGUCAACGACGGUGACGAACUGUACACGUUCUGUGGCACUCAAGAAUAUAUGGCGCCAGAAAUGGUGCUGGGCAAUGGCUACUCGUCGGCCGUCGACUGGUGGUCCCUUGGGGCUCUCGCGUAUGAAAUGCUCGUCGGCCACCCUCCGUUUGAAACCAAAAACAAAAACCGAAAGGAACUGCACAAGAAGAUUUUGACGGCCAAGCUGGUCCUGCCCAAGUGGCUAUCGUCGGAAGCUCACUCGUUGCUCAAGUCCCUGCUCGAGCGCAACAUUGACAAGCGAUUGGGAGGCGGAAAGUCCACCAUGUUUGUCGUCCGAGGGGUGCAAGCUCUGAAGUGCCACCCUUUCUUCCGCUCAAUCGACUGGAAUGCAAUUGCUCAGUUGAAGACCCCCCCUCCCAUGGUGCCACGCGUCAAUCACGAAACGGAUACGUCCAACUUCGACACGGAAUUCACAGGUCUCCCCGCGACGGACCUGACAUGCGGCAACUUUGAUGGAGACAACGAAACCUUUCGCGGCUUUUCGUUCUAUGGCCACGAUGAGCUCGAUAUAGUCGACGACAUUGAGAGUCUCGUGCUCCACCGCACUCGCUCCCUGUCCCGUCGCGCGUCUAAGGAGUUUCUUGAAGUGCUUCACACCGAUCCUUCGGCAUUGGGCGGCGCAGUUGCGGCCGACAGCAGCAGCGGCGGGACGGCACCUUGUUAAAGGUCAAUUUCACAAUGUCCGGAUAUUUCUUAUCUGUCCGGAUGAUUUUCUUCUUGAC